UGAUUGUUUUGUAUUCCAUAGACGAUAAAGUAUUAUGCUCGGUACUAGAUGCACGAGAUCAUAGGACAAACACACACGUGAAUAAAAAAAACCGCUUAGAACUGGUGACGUCACAAAGAUCUCUGCAUCCCUCGAUGCGUACUGGAAGAUGUAAGAAAUCGCUCACGGCGAAGGAAAUUUUCAUCCGCAAACUUCGAUGCAACCUCGAGAAACAAAAGACAAGAAACAGAAAGAGGACCUAAAAGAGCCAAAAGCUUCAGGAAAGUCCUAUAAUUUGCGAAGAAUUCCAAAAAGAAAAGUUGUACAUUAAGUGUGAUGGUGGAUGUAACAAUGACUUUCACCCUGAGUGUGUUAACUUGAACCCAGAGGACAUUCAGCAAGAAAAGUUCUUUUGUCCAGACUGCAUGGAGGUUCAACAGGAAAGAAACUCGCACUCGCAGGAAGCAGAACAUGUGCAUCGUAUAGAUGCAAUGGGAAAUUGUGUUAACCAAUCACCAGGAUAUGACUGAUGGAUGCAGAAAGAAAUUGGUGGACAAAAUGACACAAACAUUUCCAAAAAGGUGAAUGAAGAAAAUAUAUCAAGCCUUCCAUACGAGAUAAUGGAAAAUAUCCUGGUGCAGGUGUGCCGAGAUGAUGAUAAUGUCGAAUCAGAUUAUUCUUACGGUGUCAAACAACAGAGAGAGGUCAUGAGGGAGGUGUGCCACCAUUGGAGAAAUAUUGUCUCCCGGCCAAUCUUUGUUAAAGAAGUCUACAAAGUUUGGUUGCAUGAUGUGGCUGGAGUGAAGAAAUGUGGCAAGAAGAUCCAACAGGAGUGUGGAUUCCAAUCAACAAGGUGCCUUCACUGUGGAAGUGAAUUUGAAAACUUUGUGGGAUUUCAGCAAAGCAAUGGCUGCCUUCAAUACUAUUCCGAAGGAAAACAAUAUUGCUCAGUCACCUGUGAGAAAGAAGCUGGAGCUUAUUAUGACAGCUCAGAUGAAAAUGGAGAAGACAAUGAUGACAACUGAGGUCAAAUUGUAUAGUUUGACUUUCACUAAUUUAAGGACAAUUCAUUUACGCAUCAACCCUUUAGGUGCCAGACUUAUUAUGAUUAAUUAAAGCUUUUGUCCCUGAAAACACUCCACCAGGAGUCUCAAGCUUUCAAGCUUUGUUCUUGCAAGUCUCGCUCUCCUAUAUACGUUUUGAAUGGAAAUUAACCAUUUCAAAGUGCUUUUAAUUUGUCAAUGAUAUCUCGGAGUGACCAAUCAGCUAAUUUUUCAUUUUUAGAAAACUCUAUUCAAAUAUUAGGCCUAGUUUGAAAGACUCGAUGCAUUACAUAUGCAAGAGUAUACUGGUACCUAACGCAUGGAUAGAUGGUAAAGGGUUACAGAAUGAUAUUGGCUUUGAAUAUCACCACAAUGAUUGUUGUGAAGGUAGACAUGGGUAAUAAAACCCGGAUGGCGCUGUUAUGUCAAUUUCAGAAAAUUUGCAGAUUGGUCACUUUUUGGCUCACCGUAAGGGGAGUCUAUAUGAUAGCGCUGUGUCCGUCGUCGUCGUUGUUGGCACGUUUCUUAACUGCUAGGGCUAUGAACUUGAAACUUUGUACACAGAAUGCCCUAGGUCAGCUGACCUCUGACACUGAUUUUCGGUCCGAUCUGAUUCUCUGUUUGGCCACCAGGGGGCCAAAUGUCGAUAUCUAAAAAGUGUGAUAUCUCGCUUAUUAGUGACUUGUUUUCGAUAAAACUUUUGUCGUAGGUACUCAUAGCAAAUAUACAUUUUAUAUUAUACGGGUUUUUAAUUUGACCUUGUUUUCAAGGUCGCAGAGGUCAUAUGGCGUAAAUUGGCCAUUAGAGUGUAAACUAUGGCACGUUUCUUUAAAACUAAAGCUAUGAACUUGAAACUUGGUACAUAUAACCCCCUAUAUCACAUAGCCUCUGGUGCUGAAUUUUGGUUCGAUCUGAUUCCUUACUUUGCCACCAGGGGGCCAAAAGUGGAAAUCUAAAAAGUGUGAUAUCUCGCUCAUAAGUGACUUGUUUUCAAUAAAAUUCUUAUGGUAGGUACUGUUAGGAAGAAUACAUCACAUGUUAUACGGGUUUUCAAUUUGACCUACUUUUCAAACUCACAGAAGUCAUAUGGCGUAAAUUGGCUGUUAGAGUGUAAACUAUGGCACGUUUCUUAACCAGUAAAGCUAUGAACUUGAAAGUUGGUGCAUAUAACCCCCUACAUCAGAUAACGUCCGAUGUCGAAUUUUGGCCUGAUCUGAUUCUUUAUUCGGCCACCAGGGGGCCAUAACGGAAAAAGGAAGAAGUGCAAUAUCUUGCUUAUUUGAGUGAAUUGUUUUCGAUAAAAUUUUGGCAGGGACUCCUAGCAAGGAUACAUCACAUUUCCUAUGAUUUUUGGAUUUGACCUCCUUUUCUAGGUCACAGAGGUCAAAUGGCGUAAAUUGACCGUUCGAGUGUAUGGCACGUUUCUUAACUGCUAAAGCUAUGAACUUGAAAGUUGGUACAUGUAACCCCCUACAUCAGAUAAUCUCUGACACCGAAUUUUGGCCUGAUCUGAUUCUUGAUUUGGCCACCAGGGGGUCAAAACUGAAAAAGUAGGACGUGCAAUAUCUCGCUUAUUAAUGACUUUUUUUCGAUGAAUUUUUUAUUGCAGGGACUCUUAGCAAUCACACGAUAUCGAUCUUAUUUAUGUCAUAGACAAUUAUUGGUUGGAUCAUAAACUUAUAUAUACUGCCCUGUCUUAUUACUUGACAUAAAUACACAUCUAAAAAAAGUCUUCAUGCCUGAUUGUGUUCACCAUAUUCACCUCUAAACUAAGCAUGAUCCUGCCUACUAAAUGAUGUAUACGGUGAGCACAAUGGCCCCUGGCCGUUUCAUUUGUGAAAUCAUCAACGAGUUCAUUUGUCUGCAAAACAAUUUUUAAAUCGUGCCGAUCAUAUAAUGUCAUGGCGUUUUUCCAAAAUCUGAAUGUAGAUAUGAUGCAUAUCUGAUAUUUGAGUUUUGACUGGAUGUGUCUGUACCGUUGUCAUUGUUAUUUGAGACCAGUACAAGCAUAAAAUGCUAGGUGUUGUUACAAAUAAUAGAGGUGAUUGGUGAUAGGCUAAUGUAUAUUUUUACCUUCCAAGUGUGGAAGCCAAAUGAAAAAAAAUGAUCACGGUUGGUUUGAUACAAUUUUCAGUCUGAAUGGCCAAGGGCAAGGUUUUUCACAAGGUACAAAAUCUAAAACUGUAUAAACAGUGGUGCCACUGGGUUUUUUCGUCAUUAUUUGUUGACAUUUGGUAGAUACAUGUACAUGCAACAACCUAUUUCUAUAGAUCGAAUGGGAAAAUCAUGGACGGAAAUCUGGCCAAGCUUUUCUGGUUUUUCCUGUGGUCAUAUCAAUUCAUAGAUCCAACGGUUUUGUGGUCAGGUUUUGUGAUGAGCAAAAGCACCAGCAGUCUCAAAGACGACCACAUUCUGUGCCAAAUAUUACAAGGAAAAAUGGGAUUUUGGUAGCAUGUUCCAUCUAGUGAUGGUAGGGUUUAUGCUUCUGCAUAUAAAAUGCAGUUUCAAUUGUGAUACCAUGGGAAAUUUUAUUGCCUUCAGUCCCUAUCUUGACACUAGAGGUGUUGAUUUUGUUGCCUACAGCGCCUCUAGUAACAGGUAAAUUGGCACCAUCUUGAAAAGCAGUACCGCAGAUGUCGGAAUGUAAAGAAUCUUUACAAUUGCAAAGAGGCUAUCCCAUCAGUUCACAAAAUGUUUUGUUGCUUACCCUUACGGUACCCUCAUUGAGUUUUCUGGCCACGUACGCCAUGAAAUAAGUGUGCAAAUAUUUUUUAUUAACUUUGAUUAGUAUAAUUCCCUAUUCAGCUUUAUGCUUGUCAGACACAUAUCGGCCGUUUUAGCAAGAUAUUAGAGACAACGUUUGAGGAGGAUUAAUGUGAAGGGGAAUACUAUUUUGACUGUGAAACUGAAAUUUAAUUGGAGGCCAUGGUACCCCUUGGUGCCAAAUAUUUAUUCGAUGCUCAAGAGGGUUAUCUGGCACUGGUAAAAAAGGCACUGGAAAAAAUGGCACUGGAAAUAAAGGCACUGGUAAAAAAGGCACCGGUAAAAAAGGCACCAGAAAAGUGCUGCCUUAGGUAAAAAAGGCACUCCAGUUCAAAAUUCACUUGGGUGAAUUCAUAGUGUGUUCUUUUCUGAAUAUAUUUUAUUUUCAUCUUCAUUCAAAUGGAUACUGAUAUACCACUAUAUCUGGGUAUUUUGGGACAAAAAUGUCAAUAUAUAGACUAAUUCAACAUGAAUAAUGUCGUGCUGUUUAAUUAUGCCUGAUUUCAAACAACUAUAUCAAAAAAAAGUUCAGGAAUUUGGCCUCCAAGGACAUAUAUUCAUUGGUCUUUUUAUGUGAGAUGCCGUGUGGAAAAUGUCCUGGGUCGGGAAUUUAAAGGGGCAGAUGUCCUAGGGGUCAUAUGUCAUAGGGGACACCCUAAGGAGACAAUGUCGUAUGAGGGAGGGGGGAUGCAAUGAAUUAUUAGCCGUCAUAUGGAAUUAUUACAGGAAGAACACACAUGAAUACAUCAAGUUAAUUUUGAACUGGAGUGCCUUUUUUACCUUGGUAGCACUUUCUUGUGCCUUUUUUACCGGUGCCUUUUUUUCCAGUGCCUUUUCUUCCGUACCUUUUUUCCAGUGCCUUUUUUUCCAGUGCCUUUAUUACCGGAUACCAUCGUAGAGAGGUAAAUGAUAGUCUGCACGUUAACAUGACCGGAUAAAGAUCCUGUAGGUCUAGCAUGAGACAAGGUUGAAUUAAAAAUUUUGUUGGGGAAAAGAUACUUUCUGGUGUACAUGAAUUACUGCCAGUAAAAAAAUCUGUGACUUUUUAUCAAUGAAUAUUGUCGUAACGGGAAACCAACGUUAACUGAUAUCGGGGAUUUCAGCUUUUUUGGCCUUGGGGGAGAGGGUCAAUAUUGAGUCUAUGUAACAUUUAUGUAACAUUUGAAAUCAAAAAUUCAAAUAUGUAUAAUGGAAUUCGCAUUACCAUUUUGUAUAUUAAAACAGACUUCUAAAUACUUAAAAGUGAGUAUUUGCCAGUUUACAGUACCGGUAUUUUUCAAUAUAUGAAAUGGGCAAAGAGGAGUCUGUAAAAUAACCAGCUGCAAAUAGGUUGCACAGAAUCCCAAAUGUGAAAUGGAAAAAAAGAUGUAAUAAGAUUUCACAAAAAAGACAAUAGAGUCAUGAACAAAAUUUCAGCCUAUGUCAUGCUCAUAGCAUAGCAUGUAGCUGUCUUUGUAAUGGUGGGUCUCGUAUUUUAGGGUUGGAAGACUUUAGUCCAACAUUUUAAAGUCCAUCCCUCUAUUGCCCGUUAGGUAAUGCCUUCCAUAUUUGUCCUAAUAUUUUGCAGGCGCAUGAUUUAGACUGCAUCUUUUGUUUGAAUUGGAAAGUGACACUUACCGUAUUCGGAUCAGUUACUUUUCUUCAUACAUGUAUUUACUGAUUGAGAACAUUCAUGACAUACCUCCAUGGAACAUAUUACUGUGUAUGUAAGUUUUGGGGGCUAACUGAGCAGCAUUUUGAAGUACAUUUUAGAUUUAUGAUUUAUUAUCUAUCUUAUAAAAUUUCACCAUUUAUGUACAUGUAAAUGGCCUUUUGUGCACGCGAAUACAAAAAUAGCCUUCACUCAAUACGUAAAGCUACCCCGAUUAAAAUGUGACAUGAGUUAACUUCAGUUAUAGAAGUAAGGUGUGUCAUUGAAAAGGAUUUUUUGUGUAUUGCAAAUUGUCUUGUCACCACAUACUGUUCAAUUUGUGUUAAUUUUGAAAUUAAAUGAUUUAGUAGAA